AUGCAGUUCGCUUUUUUCUUGUCCUGGUGCUGCUGCCUGCAUGGAUGUGCACUAGGGACUGGCUUCCUCUAUCAAUUCCCAGCAUCAACCCUGCAGCACAACUACCCAGAGCAGAGCUCGGGCUCGCCGGGGAACUGUUAUAGCCCUCGGAUGCAUUGGUGUCACUAUACGGUUACACGGACGGUUUCCUGCCAAGUGCAGAAUGGGUCAGAAACAGUGAUCCAGCGAGUUUAUCAAAGCUGCCGGUGGCCAGGACCUUGUGCCAACUUAGUGAGGACUCUCAUCAGGCCCACAUACAAAAUGUCCUACCGAACUGUGACCACGCUGGAGUGGAGGUGCUGUCCUGGCUUCACGGGGAGCAACUGUGAAGAAGAAUGCAUGAACUGCACGAGACUAGCGGAUAUGACCGAGAGGCUAAACACACUUGAGGCCAAGAUCCUUCUGCUCGAGGCUGCAGAACGAAGCCCGCCAUUGGAAAACAACCUGCCAAUUGCUGGGACGACAGCCACGUGGUACGAUGAUUUGCUACCAGAUGCCUUUCCCCUGCUAAAUCCUGGGACUGUCCUAAGGAAAACAGUGGGACAGGUUGGUCCUCCAGGCCCAGUUGGACCAACUGGUCUUCCAGGACCACCAGGGCCAAAAGGAGAGAAGGGACAGCCUGGUGAGAGGGGCCCAGCAGGACCACCAGGGCUGUUGGGACCUCAAGGACCAAGAGGACUUCCAGGAGAAACUGGGAUCCCAGGUCCCCCAGGUCCUCCAGGGCCACCAGCCACCCCAAGCCUCCCUCUUACCUUCCAGCAAGGGGUCCUCUACUCACUCCAGCCCACAGCAGAAAAAGAAAAUGGAGAACCCCAGCUGGCCUCCACCGUCAUAGACACCAUCAUGGCUGGGCUGCCAGGACCACGGGGAGCCCCAGGCCCCAUUGGGCCACCAGGACCCAAAGGGCCACCAGGACCUAUCGGAGUCCCUGGAUCACAAGGCUUACCGGGCUCUCCAGGACAACCCGGGCCAAAAGGCUCCAAAGGAGACCGAGGAGAGAGAGGUGAACCAGGCAAGAAGGGUGAGGAAGGUGACAAAGGUGCUGAUGGGGAAGGUGUUCAACAGCUUCGAGAAGCUCUGAAGAUCUUAGCUGAGAGGGUAUUAAUUCUUGAGCACAUGAUAGGAAUUCAUGACUCUUUGUCUUCCAUUGAGCCAGGCUCUGGACAAGAUGUGAUCCCGGGCUCCCCUCUGCGAACCAGCAUCAAGAUCAAACGUGGAGGACCUCAGCAACCACAGGCCUACCAGAUCCUCUCUUCACUGCUGGAUGACAGUGAAGCCAAAAGGAGAAGCAAUCGGAUGAAGUAGGAGCAUCUGCGUGUUCCCC